GGUAUGGAUGGCAGCAGCUCAGCCUCUAAUUGGAAUAGUCAAGGCCCAGCAUAUGAUACAAGGGUACCAUAUGAGCAUGGGCGAGCACCGUAUAGUGACAGCAUUAGUUCAAGAGGGAUGGAAAGUAGCUACAUGGAUUCAUCUAGCUCAAUAAUGGGAAAAUCCAAGGAUCUGUAUUCAAUGCCAUCAUACUCCUCAAUAUCAAGAGAAUCGAACAUGGGCGGUCAAAUAGGAGGCAAUGACUUGUCCAUAACCAGUCCCAGUGGUUCGGUUUCUCCGCACAACAAACCGGGCUCACCUUAUAUGUAUAACCGCAGGCGGUCUUCACUCAUGCCCGACCCUCCUUCCUUACUACCGCACAAGAGAAGGAAAGCUCCCGGAAUGUCGCAGGUGUAUUCUCCAGGUGCAGAAGACUAUCAUUCAGACCCUAAUUAUUCAUCACCUAAACCUCCAGGCAUGUAUCCAGAAUAUUUCAUGGAAGGCUCCCACUCGCAGGGCCACUCCCAGGGCCACCCCCAGGGCCACUCCCACAGUAGUACAAAUCCAUGGAGCAGCAAUGGCAUGGCGCCGACGUCCACUAGCUUCCAUUCCUUACAUAACUCCAGUUCAUAUUCUCAGGCAGGGGAAUACCCUACACAUGAACCUAUGUAUCAGAGUAGCAGCGGCGGUAUGUCGGCAGGUCAGGACCCUCAUAGUCUUCCUCCCAUGACGAAUUUCAGGCCAGGUACCACAAACACUGCCCCAUACACCUCAUCACCGCCCCUCAACGGCACAGAAACAGUCAUGUCGAGUAGUAGAGGGAACGGCACAAAUAACUCAUCAGGUUCCAGCUCACAUACAGGAGCUGCACUUGGCAAAGCCCUAGCAUCUAUUUAUUCAGCAGAUCACCCUAAUAGCAGUUUUCCCUCCAAUCCUUCAACGCCUGUUGGUUCUCCACCUCCUAUGCCAGCAUGGCAGCAACGGCAAGCAGAUCCUCAGACAUCACCGGGUCCCUACAGCCAGAGUCAUUUACAUUCAUUGACACGUUCCAAUUCUUUGGAUUCAAGGCAAUCAGAACCGAUAAUUCAGAACUUGUAUGGUGGGCCUAAGCAGAUUGGCAAGCAAACUCGCAUGGAGGAAAGGUUAGAUGAUGCAAUCAACGUGUUACAAAAGCAUGCCCAGAGCUCGGUGGAUUUGGGUCUACCGGUAGGACCAAUGGGUACUAGUGGGGGUCUCAUGCCCGGUGCCGCACCUCAUUCUGGUUCAGGACCAAUGGGGGCUAACAUCUCAUCGUACACAGGACAGUACCUAGACUCACACAUGCCUGGUGGUCCACAGUCAUUAUCGGAGAGGGGAGGCAUGCUAUCACAAGACCUCAAUUCUGGACAACCAUAUGGAGUGCAUGCGGAGAUGAUGGGGAGUGGACUAGACAACGGCCUCAAAUCACCUACCAAUACCAACACAAAGAAGAAGACCAAACCAGAAGAGAGCAAGACGAAAGGAGGUGGAGGAGGAGGAGGAGGAGGUGGCGGCGGUGGAGGAGGAUUGAUGCUGGAUAAUGAGAGAGAAGACGGAGGUCCACAGUCCACGAAGAAAGGAGAUGCUGCCAAUGCCAUGAAAAACAAAAAGAGGUUCAAGAACGACACAAGAAGUGGUGGUGGUGGCGGCGGCGGCGGUGGUGGUGGUACCGCUAGUGCCGCGGGGCAGCUGCUCUCAAGCCUGGGCAAAAGUCUAUUGCUCCUCAAUCCUGGCUCACCAGAGAGUGAGUCAGACGACGAAGGGCUCUCACCUGAGCAGAAGGUGGUGAAGGAGAAAGAGCGUCGUCAUGCCAACAAUGCAAGGGAGCGCAUCCGCGUUCGGGACAUCAACGAAGCAUUCAAAGAACUGGGUAGGAUGUGCCAGUUACACCUCAAGCAGGAUAAGGCCCAAACCAAGCUCACCAUACUACAUUCAGCAGUCUCAGUCAUCACUACCUUGGAGCAUCAAGUUAGAGAACGUAACCUGAACCCCAAAGCAGCGUGCCUUAAGCGGCGAGAAGAAGAGAAAGUGGAAGAGAUGCCUAACAGAGGGUCUCUUGGAGGACCAGGUCCUGGUUCUGAUCCUUUGGUCUCACAGUCUGGACUAGCAGGCAAUAACCUCCAUGGUCGGGGAAUGCAGUCCUGUUUGGGGCAGUCAUCGGGUGCACCAGGAGGCUACGCCAACCAUCUUUAUGACAACUCCAUGUCCCAUGGCGCCCCUCAUCAGACCAAUCUGGGCUCUAUGGGAGGGGGACACAUGUCAGCCAUGGACCUCAACCCUUCCCCAUCGUCUAUGGGAGGUGGAGAUCACAUAUCCAAGAGCGGUCUCUCGCACCUAUCGCACUCGAAUGCCCAGCCGUUAGAGCCACUCACGCCGGAGGAUAAUGACAGUAUUGCUGUACAGUAACGGCCACUCACUCGUUUGUGAGUCUGCCGCUACAGACCCCGCUUGACCGCCAGGUGGAGCAUCACUCUUUAUCUUACUGUGACUAGAAUAAAGUGAGCUCGCCCCUUGACAAAGGAUACAUGGAAGCAGUACAAAACCAAGACCAAGUCGUUUUGUUUCAGACUGCCAACAACUUUCACUGACUUUGUUCUGAUGUCCUUGAUCACCCGCGCGGGUCUGUACCGGUAGACCACAUCUAUGUAUUGCAGCCGUGCAGCUUUAUCGAAAAGUCUAUUAAUUAUAUAUGCCUGUAAUGUACAUUGAUGAAGUCAUUAACUUGAUUGGAAAACACCUCUUCUAUAUUUGUGAAGGAGAGAAUUUUUUGUAUAAGAAAAAUGAAUUGUUUUCCUGUCUCUCCUUGUUAUUGUAAAGUAUCAUGAUUGAAGAGAAGGAUAGAUUGUAAUGUUU